CUAGAGUCCAGUGGUGGCAUGCUUUACACCUCUGCAUCCGACGCUUUGAAUCGACUUAGUGAUGUAAGACUUGGAUGCAGCUGCUUGGCCAUGGAAACACAUUCCGUGAAGCUCUCUAUGCACUGCUGUUGUGCCAAUUUCAAGGCCACAUGAAGUUUAGAGGUCUUCAGCUAUUGACUCUGCAGACAGUUGGCAACUUAUGUGCACUGUGCGCUUCAGCAUGCGCUGACCCCGUCCUGUCAUUUUGCGUGGCCUACCACUUCAUGGCUGAGUUGCUGUUGUUCCCAGUUGCUUCCACUUUGUUAUAAUACCACUAACAGUUGACGGUGGAAUAUUUAGUAGGAAGGAAAUUUCACGGAUGGAUUUAUUGCACAGGUGGCAACCUAUCACGGUACCACAAAUUCACUGAGCUCCUGAGAGCGACCCAUUCUUUCACAAAUGUUUGUAGAAGCAUUCUGCAUGCCUAGGUGCUUGAUUUUAUACACCUGUGACCAUGGAGGUGAUUGGUAGAGGUGUCCCAAUAUUUUUGGCAGCGUCCCAAUACUUUUGGCAAUAUAGUGUAUAUA